AGCAGCUUUGCGUAAUGAGUCGAAGCAGUGUUUAGUCAUCUUUUUUUUUUUUUUUUUUAUUUGACCCGUCGUCGUUUUGUAAUUCGGCCCUGUCGUCACCAUUUUUAUGAACAACAUUUCCGAACGGUGGAGAGAGAAAGAUUGAGGCCGGAGAGGGAAACCGAGAUGUACUUGAAGAAGCCGUUAUGGACCGAGGGAGUGGCGGAGCAAGCCAAUUCCAAUGAAUCGUCGCCACCUUCAUCAUUGGAGCCUGAGUCGGAGUCAGCAUCGGCGGCGGCGGCGGCGACAACUGCGGUGGAAGAGUUAGUAAACUCCGUCAACAACCAGCGAAUCUACAGAGAAGUAUCCCUCGCCCUCCGCACUGGCCUCCGCGACGCCUGCGCCGAGUUCUCCUUCCUCCGACUCCGCGGCCUCCGGUCCUUCCUCCAAUCACUCCGAUCCAUUGCCCAGUCCGACUCCACCAUUCUCCUCUUCUGCCACACUCAAUCCAUCCCCGAACUCCAAGUGGUUCCUGUGCUGUUUCAACAUUCGUUGAAAGAGACGGAGGAUGAAAGAGUCACCAGUUUGGAUCACAUUUUCAGUGUGGAGCCUAUGAAAAUCACAAGUCCUUCCUCGGAUGCUGAAGUUGCCCUCGCGCUUAGGGUUCUGGAAGGUUGUUGUCUGCUUCACCCGGAGAGCUCUCGUUUGGCCAACAAAUUCAAGGCAAUCCAGGUUUUGAUGAAUAUCUUAUCAACUCGGGGAGUACUUGAACAAGGUGCAUGCUUAGAUGCUUUAAUAUCGAUAACAUUAGAUUCGUCAGCCAAUCAAAUGGAUUUUGAGGCAUGUAAUGGUAUUGAGGAAGUUGCAGAGCUGAUACGAGACAAGCAAGUGGAUGAAAAUCUAAGGUUGAAAUGUGGAGAGUUCUUGUUGCUACUUCUUGGACAUUUAAACAGGAGGGAGAUGUCCCCUAUGCCAACUAUAAAUGAGGAUAUAAGACGACUUCUAGGUGAAGAAUUUGCCUCGUUGAUAUGGGCUGCUGCUAUUCGAUUUGGCUCAACACUUGAUCCAGAGCAUAAGCUCACAGCUCUUCACAUUCAGGCUUGCAGGUUGCUUAAGUCCCUAGACAUGUACUGAGUUUGUAGUUGGAAAAUCCGUUCUCAGCAUAUAGAUAUUUAUACAGUAGGUUGAAAGGGAAAAUAACCUCUCUAACUUGCACUUUUGUGGCAUGUACUGUUAGCUUUUUACUAAAAUUUUAUGGAAAAUCAGCUCCUUUGCCAAUUAUGGCAAGUUGAAAGAGACCACCAUGAUGUAGGUCGUUCCUCUUGUCUAUGGCCGCGGUGUAAUAAUAUUGAAAGGUUUGC